AUGCUUUAUAUAAAUUUCUUUAAUCCAACAGAUAUCAUGGACUCGUUCUUCAGUCUGUUCGAUCCCUCGGAAGGGAAUGCUGCCAAAAAUAACAAGAAGAGACACAAAAACGAAGAUAUAUCGAAGAAGAAUCCAGAUGCACCUAAAGGACGUAGAAGAGGUCGUCGAUCCCACAAGAACGAAACCCUCCCAGAAGAAUCUUCAUUCCUCUGUGAACCAGAUCUCAGUAAUGAGAUACUCGUCAAAGAUUGUAGCUACAUCGAGAACUACUUCGAAGUUAACAAACCAAAUGAAGAUCCAAAAAACGACGACAAAAAACCGCGCAGAAGAAACUCCGGCAGGAAGAAUAGACGAAAGAAGAAUAAAAUAUCACCAGCUAAAGAAGUACAGAAUAGUUCAUUUGAUGGGACCAACGACCCUUUGGAACCUUUAAACAAUCAGACGAACGUGCAGAAGAAUUGUGACGAGAAAAUAGGAAAGAACGUAAAUGAUUUGAAGCUUGAAUUCAAAACGCACAAACGGAAAACAAAUGAUGCUGAACCAAACUUCGCUGAUAGGAUUUACAAUGUGAUAGAUAAGCUAGAAAAAGUCAGCAUCAAGGACAAUAUGUAUCUGGCCGGAGAUUUGAGCGCGGAGGAUCUCGAGAGCGACUUCUUUUAUAGUUCAGAUGAUAUGGAAGACUUUUGUGAUGACACAACCUCGGAAGCAUCUGACUCAGGUGAGGAAUGCUACGGAAGUCUUCCUCCCGAACCUCGUUUCGGUAACGUUGAGUACAAAUUACAACUAGUGUCGCCUUGUGAGAGAAGAUUCCAGCAUUUGGUUACACAGUUAAAAUGGCGUCUUCGUUCUGGCGGCGGUAGCGCGGUAUACGUAGUAGGGGUUCGUGAUAACGGAGCCCUAGUAGGGCUUCAUGCGGGGGCGCUUCGAGCGUCACUAUGCUCGUUAAGAGACAUGGCGAGAGCCCUAGGAGCUGUUAUCGUGAGCGCGCGGGCGAGACGAGUGACCAGCAGCCGGGCUGUCGCUGAGGUUUAUAUACGGAAGUUAGCAGAUACACAACAGAGUGUGGAACUGCGAGUGGCUGUGAUGGGAGCGAUAGAAGCUGGGAAAUCCACCCUCAUUGGAGUAUUAACACAAGGUGAAUUAGAUAACGGUCGAGGCAGUGCCCGUUUGAACAUGUUCCGACAUCUUCACGAAGUCAGAAGUGGAAGAACAUCUUCGCUCAGCCACGAAAUACUCGGGUUUGAUUCCCAGGGUAACGUAGUGAAUUAUGGAUGUUCUGAACUGAUGACUGCCGAACGUAUUGGAGAGAGGAGCUCGAAAUUGGUGUCAUUCUUAGACCUCGCAGGACACAGCAAGUAUCAAAGGACUACUGUGUACGGUCUCACGGGAUACUCGCCGCAUUACGCGAUGAUAGUGAUUUCAGCGACCGCCGGUAUUACUCCAAUCACAGAAGAACAUAUCGGUCUACUUUUAGCUCUGGAGUUGCCUUUUUUCGCUGUCAUCAACAAAAUCGAAUUAGCAUCCAGUAUUAAAGAAUUGGUUGACAGACUUGGAGAAAUACUUUCCACAGCGAAUAAGAAACCUCUUCUUAUAACGGAUGAGAACCUCGCGAGGAACUGUAUAGCACCAUCCAUAUUGGACUCCAUUGAUAACGAAGAUAAGGAAAAUGAAGGAUCCUUCAUCCCCGUGUUCCCAGUCAGUUGUGUUCGUGGAGUCGGCCUCAACUCACUGCACGCCUACCUGCUCGCUCUGAGACCACCCGCUGACGGCGUGGAGCUAACUACGGAAGAUGAAACCUGCGAGUUUCAAAUAGACGAGAUAUUCCAUGUGGCGACCGGAGCGACCGUAGUAGGAGGACUACUAGCUCGAGGAAGAAUGAACGAGGGAGACACACUGUUAGUAGGUCCUCUCGACAGCGGUCAGUUCGUCAAAACCUCAGUGUUAUCGAUAUAUCGUAACCGGGUCCCUUGCGCGUCAGUCCGCGCCGGUCAGUCCGCCUCGCUAGGGCUUCGCCCCGGGCCCGCACUAAGGCCGGGCAUGGUGCUGCUCGCUAUACCUGAGGACUAUGGCGCGGGGACUCGGCCUGCGUUUGGAGGCUGCGGGGGAACACGGUGCGGGGGGAGGGAGAUAUCAGAAUUAGUGAAGUCAUCCCAAGAAAAGAACAGAAAAAACGCUAGAAGAAACAAGAAUAUUAAGGAGAUAAAUAUAAAUGAGAAACACACAGACAAACAUACAGAUGCUUUAGAAGAAGACUGUGUGUGUAGUGACGUGGUGCCGCUUGAAGACCCAAACGACCCAAGAGGAUGUAUUUACUUCCAGGCGAGCGUUCAUCUUCUCCGACACUCGACCUCAAUAUCUCCAGGGUUCCAGUGUUCCGUACAUGUUGGGAAUGUGAGACAGACAGCCAUUAUUGAGGGUAUUCUAUCAUCGAUGUCUUCUCUCCGGCCCGGGCAGAGCGCGUGUGUGUUGUUUAGAUUUGCGCGAUGUCCCGAAUAUUUGAGAAGAGGCAGGAGGCUUCUAUUCACAGCGGGACUUGGCACCAGAGCCAUCGGCGUCGUGACACAGACGUUCCCCUACAUACCGCAGACGAAAGAUAAUUUAUAA